UAACCUAAAACGGCUUAACACCGCUCCUUGUGCAGGCGACAUGAAUACGGAAGGGUAUUGUGAGUAAAAUAGCCUUCUUUGUCCAGGACUUUGUCGAAGCCUUUGUCGGAGCCUUUGUCGAAGCCGCUUCCGUUCCUCUGUUCUGAGCCACGUCUGACGCGGGGUACCCUCUGCCGAUUGGUACUGGAGAAGGUGAUCCUCUACCAAACAGGGAGUCGAAGUUCCCUGCCGGAGCGAAACCGCCCCAAAUAUAUCGCAUUGCUUGCGGUCGCCUUGGCGUAAAAAGCCCAAUGCCAGGCCAGCAGCGAAGAGGAAGCAUACCGCGGAGCAUAGGUCCCGACGUCCUCCCCGAAGAAGCCGAAGACGAGCGCACGACGCCGGACUUGGAAGCCGGCACCGCCGAAGCCCCUCUUCCCCGCGCUUUCUCUGCCGCCUCAGCCUCAGAACGGGAUGGCGAAGCCGGAUUACCAGCGCCGCUGCAUCCAAAGGGAGAUAUCGAUCAUCUUACUGUAGAGUCCUUUGACGAGCCUGUUGAUGACAUUGGCUUUUUCGCGGACGUAUCGGAUACCAUCACCGGCGGCUUGCUAGAUCUAUGGGACAGGCUCGUCAUUCCGCUCGAAGCUCGGUGGCUACUAUGGUGGGACCGGCUAGUGCACGUCGUGCAUGCCCUCAAUUUCGUUCUAGGCCCGCUUGCGCUGGGCUGGAUACAUGUUUUCGAGACCUCCGACUUCUUCGCAUUUUUCGCGGUCCUCGACGCAACUCUCCUCGUUGAUUGGUUCAUACAUGCCCGUCGCGCCUAUGUUGACAAGUACGGAGCGCGCAUCACGGACUCGAGACUCAUCUGGAGCCAUUUUCGUUAUGAGCAGGGCGGGCUUGUGCGGCUUCUUUGUUGUUUGCCGAUAGAGCUGGUGGCUUCGUCUGCACAACACGGCGCGCCUCAGGGUUCUCAUACUAUUGACCGAUAUAGAUUCCCAGACGACAUUUCAAAAGUGGUGUCCGCCUUGCUGCGUCUUCUCCGUUUUGCUUUGUUCCCAUACAAGGAGCUGAUUAACCUUCAAAUCAGCGGGAUACCGACCCAGAUCACGCGGCUCUUGAAGAUGAUUACAUUGCUCCUACUCUGCGCGCACCUCGACGCAUGUGUGCUGUUCUUCAUCAACAUGGUCGAAACAUCCCCCGCGCGAUACGUUGACGUGAACCACCUAGUCAUCGACGAAGGCGGAUCUCCCGCAACCUGGGCAACGCAGUACCUAUGUUUCCUCAUAACGGGGAUCCAAACAAUGGCCUUCUCCUUCCGGACGUACCAUACCAAUCCCGAACGAGCUUUCUUCGUGUUCGAGUUUCUGAUUGCAGCGUUGUUGUUCGGAUCGCUGAUUGGCAGUCUUGGGAGCAUCAAUAGGAUGUUGGAUUCGGAGGCGGCGCUCACGGAAGCGGCCGAGAAGCAUGCGCAUCAGGUUAACUUUAUUAAGCAGUACAUGCGGAAGAAGGGGUUUCCGCCGGAGUUGCAGCAGAAAGUGCUUGAGCACAAGCGUUUCGAAUGGGCCCGCACGCAAGGGAUGCGUGAGGAAGAUCUCUUCAUGGCCUUACCAAAAGUCAUGCGGGAGGAGGUUUUCAACUUCUUGUACUUGGAGCUCGUGAGAAAUGUGCCGCUCUUCAAAGACAUGGACGACGCUUUUUACAGUGCCGCAACGGCUAUGCUCAAGCCUUUGGCGGUAUCCAGAGAUGCGUACAUCUUCAAGGAGGGCAACGACGGGAGUGAAAUGUAUUUCAUUAAAUCGGGGAUGGUGGAGGUGUUGAGUCUGAAAAUCAACAAAGUUUUUUGCACGUUGACCGUGGGACAAUUCUUUGGUGAAAUCGCUCUCUACGAGUUCGGAAAACGAACAGCAACCGUGCGCGCCGUAACCGACGUCGAACUCGGCGUCUUGACUCAAGCCGAUUUCAACGUACUCCAGAAACAAUACCCCGUGAUCAACGAGCGCGUGCAGAACAUCAUCAGGGACCGGAAAGAGCAAGAGGCUGCAAAGAAACGCGAAGAGGAUCAGAAGCGGUUACGCGAGGAAGCGCAACACCGUCGGUCUCGCGCGUUUUUAGGCAGUAGGGGGAGUGGGAUGCUGUGGGGAAAGAAGAAAUCUAUGCAAAAGAGCUCAAGUUUCGCCCGCAGCACCGUAGAAGAGUCCCGCCCUCCAUCGAAUGUAGGCUCGUCAAUCUUCACCUCCCAGAUGCUUUCCGGAAAGGAGAAACCACACAAAGAAACACCACCCAACCGGGCCGAUUCCGAGAUUGUAACCUCGGCACAUUCAUCCCCCAUGUCCAAGGUAGCGACCUCACAAAGACCGAUGACUCAAACCCAUCCGAAAAUCAUUGGGACUGCGGUGCAUGGGCCUUACAACGGGCGAAUGGGGGAAUUACGGGGCGAUUCCGAUGGGGAGAGCAGUUAUGAUCUUAAGGAAGAGAGGUGACCUUGUAUCCAGCCCUGACGCACGCGAUCGCUCCUUCUGCCACUAUCAGCCCCCAGAACCCAUCAACUGCGCUGUCCCGUCACAUCUCCUGGGACAUUGUGCCGUAGAACACAUGCUGUCCACACUCCGGGCGCAGACAAGACA